GAAUCAGCAUGUUUGCAUACUUUGUUAUCUUUGUUUCAUUUCAACAUCAUUGGAGUAUAGCACAGAAAGGUGGCUGUGACGAUAAUAGGAAUGGAUGUUGUUCUGGCACAAUUUGGAAUGAAACGCUCGGCAAAUGCACAGGAUGCAUGCCCGGAUACUUUGGCCAGAACUGCAAUAAAACCUGUAAAUAUCCACGUUACGGUAUGCGCUGUAUGGGGAAGUGUGACUGUGAACAGGACAGAUGUAACUUCAAGACCGGAUGUCCCAACUAUGAGUCAUCAACGAUGUUAGAACUAUCAAGCUUCAUCUCUCGAGAUCGAAAAAGAUCUGCAGAUAGGAUACGUUUAAAGACUGGAUAUGCGGUUUACAGAUUAUGCGUUUUACAAACAUGAUGCGUUUACAGACAUGAUGCGUUUACAGACAGCAUGUGUUUUGCAGACAGCAUGCGUUUUACAGACAUGAUGCGUUUUACACAAAUAAUGCGUUUUGAAGACACGAUGCAUUUAACAGACAUGAUACGUUUUACAGAUAGCAGCGUUUUACAGACAGGAUGUGUUUUACAGGCAGCAUGCGUUUUACAGAUAUACAUCAUGUCUGUAAAACGCAUGCAUUAUGCGUUUAGAGACAUGGUGCGUUUUACAGACAGCAUGCGCUUUCCAGACAUGAUGUGUUUUACAGACAGAAUGUGUUUACAUAUCCUAUAUCAAAUGACAACUUUGAUACCAUUCAUGAUAAUAUAAUGAACAAUCACAAGAAAAAGGAAGAUUUUAGUUUGCAUUCGUUUUAUGAAAUUAACAUUUUCUUUCUGUGGGGAAAACCAAUCGAUAUCAGAAGAACAAGAGAGACUCGUCGGCGGGAUCGUAUCAAGUGAAAUCAGAAAGUUCAACAUUGUAAAAGUAUCUUGAUACCAACAUG